AUGUGCCUGUGCUUUCUGGCACUAGGAGGUGAUGCUAGUGCAAGAUCUAGGAGUGAGAAGAAGUGCAGGAAAGCCAUGGAGAGGCUUGGCAUGAAGGCCAUUACUGGUGUGAGCCGUGUAACUAUCAAGCAGAGCAAGACCGCUACGUUUGUUCUCUUGAAGCCAGACGUCUUCAAGAGCUCGCAGUCAGAAACCUAUGUCAUGUUCGGGGUUGUCAAGAUGGAGGACAUGGACGCUCAGCUGCUGACAGAAGCGGCGGAGCAGUCCAAGGCGUCGGUACCAAGCAGCAUCAUCUCAAAGGGUGAGCAGUCCGUGGCAGAAGCCCAAGACGACGAGGUGGUAGACGAGACGGGCAUUGACAAGAAGGACGUCGAGCUCGUGAUGGCACAGGCCCCCGUGUCGAGGUCCAGGGCUGUGAAGGCGCUCAAGGCUGCAGAUGGUGACAUUGUCAGCGCCAUCAUGGAGUUGACUAACUAG